AUGCAAUCAUAUUAUUUAAACUAUUUACAUCAGCCAAUCCUAGAUAUAGACAAUUCCAUACAUAGCAGCGCUGUGCGAUAUUACCCUACACACUAUCGACCCAUAUUGAUUGAUAUAAAAAUGGACUUAUCCACCUUUUCAGUAACUCUAACUGGGACUAAAGAUUCAGAUAUAACCAUAAAUAUUUCAAUCAAUUCCAAGCUUUUUCAAUCCACUAAGGACAUUGAUGAUUUUUACCUACUACAUGAUACUCUGCUUGAUAGAAAAUUUGCAAGUUUGGCAGAACCUCCACCAAUUGAAUUGUUCCAGGGGAACCGUGAGCGAUUCAAAACUACUCUGCAGGAAUUGGAGUCAUAUUUUAAGGAACUAUUCUACCGACUGGACGUUAUCUAUGAUGAUUUUUUUCUGGAAUUCUGCGGGCUUAAAAACCAUUUAAUCCCCAAAUCAAUACAAUCGCAAUUUGUUAACUCGCUACCGCCGAGCCAAUAUAUGCUAGGGGUGUCUAACGCUAUUGUAAUCCCAAAUCUCCUAAUAUUGGCUUAUGAAGACCAAACUAAUAUUUCAAAAUUUGGCUGUAUGUGGUCGAUUUUCGAACCAGAUGUGCUGGGCUGCAUCCAGCUCUAUACCUUCGAUCAUACAAUAAUAACCAGCCUAACUAAACUAGAGGAACACCUCUUCGAGUAUAAGAUAAGGAAGGUGAUUGUUACACAAGAUCAUAAUCAGUUGAUUGUUGGAAGAGGCGACGGACUAGUCGAUAUUUAUCACUUUAGUCCCCUAAAGAAAUUGGUAAAAACCACCACCAUCAAUGCCCAUUGCCAGGCCCUAGUCCUACUGUCAUUAUGUCAUGAAAAGAUCUACACCGUUGGCUACGAUAACUCCCUUCGCAUAAGCAAUUUAACUGGGUCUAUUGAGAAAGGGGGGAAUCUCACAAAUAGACUGCAGGGAGACAAGAUCAUUACGGCUGCAAUGACACCAGAAAUGAUCGUUUUUGGAACUUUUGAGAACAACAUAAUCAUGUACGCUGUUAUACCAGGAGAGCUGCCAAAAUUUAUUGCCACCUUUCAUAUCGGCGAGCACGUGCCAAUACACACAAUUAUUGCGCAAGGAAGCUACAUAUUUGUAUCUCAUGGUAAUUAUAUUACUUGCUUUCUGGUAACUAAAAAUUCAACAUCAAAAUGCGUAAUGUUAAGCGAUAAAGAAUCUCCAGCAUAUUCGCUGAUUGUAAAAAUUGCAGAGAAGAUCCUGUUAUCGGGACACGAUAACAAGAUCUCCAUUUGGUGCUUGAAGACUGGGAAAAUCCUCUGCUCAUGGUACACAAAUACUUCCAAAUUGCACACCCUUAAACUUAUUGAAGAUGAUUCGUUGCUUUGCGCCGGGGCAAAUAACGGCGAAUUUAAGCUGUGGGAGAUUCCGAAGCUUAAUGACAUUGCAAAUGCCAAAUCUUUCACCUGCGCUGGCUAA